AUGAAUCAUCUUGUGCCGUCGCUUGGGGCUGGCAAAAUGUCCUCCAGUGACCCCAACUCUAAGAUCGACCUCCUUGACCUGCCUGAAGUCACCGCGCGCAAGAUCAAGAAGGCCAACGCUCCCCCGAAGGAGUUGGAGAACAAUGGGCUUGUUUCCUUCGUGGAGCAUGUCCUUUUCCCCGCUAGCUUGUUGCUCGAUGGGGAGCGAUCAUUCAAGGUUGACCGCGAGGGUGCGGAGCCGCUUGUGUACAAGGGUAUUGAGAGCUUGAAGCAAGAUUAUGUCGCUGAUGUGCUUACUCCCCAAUUGCUCAAACCCGCCGUCAACCUUGCUCUCCGCCGCCUCCUCGACCCCAUCCAGAACGAGUUCACUUCGUCCCCUGAGUGGCAGGAGAUUGAAAAGAAGGCCUACCCCACUGAAGCCCCCAAGGAGAAGAAACAGAAGACCAAGAAGGACAAGGGAAGCAAGUACCCCGGCGCUGCCAAGGCCGAGGAGCAGGCUGAGCAGGGCAAGGAACCAUCUCAGGCUACAGCUUCGGAUGUGGGCAAGAGUGCCAGCGAAGCGAUGGAUAAGUUGUCUGUUCAGUAG